AUGCGCAUUGGCGCUAACCGCAUUAGCGCCAACGGUAUUGGCGCCAUGCGCAUUGGCGCCAAGCGCAUUAGCGCCAACGGUAUUGGCGCCAUGCGCAUUGGCGCCGAGCGUGGCGCCAGGCGCGUUGGCGCCAAGCGCGGUGACGCCAGGCGCAUUGGCGCCAAACGCAGUCGCGCCAAGGUCGCUGGCGCGACGGGCAUUGGCGCUACAGGUUUUGACCCUAAGUCUCUCGCUCCUAUGGCGUCACGGUCUCGCCAACCUCGCCAGCUUUGUCAACCUCCAUCCGCGUUGUUGUCUAACCGCUUGCAGGGCCGGUGGUACGAAAUCGGGUCGACGGCGGGGUUCCGAUUCACGUUCGAGCUAGGGCUGACGUGUACGACGGCCAACUACACGGCGAAGGGGGUCACGCCCAGCGGCCGCGCCAAAGUCAAGGUGGUAAACCGUGGCAAGCGCAGCGUUGCUCUCCCGCGUCGCUCGCAGAUCUUCACCACCUCGUUAAAUGCCAACCGCAUUGCUAGCAAUCUCAGGAUCGUCUGUGGGGCCGCCAACGCCGCCACCACAGCGAGCGCUCAAGCACAGACCCUCCUUUCCGCAAACGCAGCCGCCAACAGCAGCGCUGUAUCCCUCGCUGCAGCCGAUAAACUCGCUGCAUUUGCCACGACGGUGUCCUCCGACGCAGAGAUCAUUGACAAUGCCUUGAGAGAUUUUCAGACGGAGGCCGACAAGCUGAAUAAACGCGGGCAGCCCAAGGGAUUUAGCGCUUCCAAAAGUACGAUGCUCAAGUCCAUCUCCAACAUCCAGGGCGCCGCCGGGCGAAUUCUCCAAGCGGCUUUCACCGGGAAGACUGCGGCACAGGGACUGUCUGGAGCGCUUAGAGCCAUGGGUGGGCAAGGCGCAGAGACCGCUGCCAAUGGGGUACGUGAGAGCUGA